AAAUUUUGUCAUUUUUGUCAUUUUUGUCAUUAAAUAGAUUAAAAUAAAGUUUCAAAACAAAUUAAACGCUUAAUAUGCUCUCAAAAUCUAGCGUCGUCCAAUAACAUCCAGAGAUCAAGUAAAAAGGAAAUCAAAUCUUUUGAUUUGCAAGCAUGCAUUGUUAUCAACUCCGGUACAUUUUGGCUUUAAUGUAUUUCCACAGAUGAAGUAUGUAGUAAACAAAUCUUCGUCAUCAUUCAACCUCCUUCCUUUCAAAUGCACCAAGUAUGAUUUCGAACUGAUUCAUCAUAGCUCAACCCUUAUCAGUAUGCAAAACAAACAGCUACUAUUCCUAGUUAUUGAUUCACUAGCAUCUGUCCAGUUAAGAUGGAGAAAGCAUUCCGUCGUUACGUUCACUUCGAAAUUGCGGCCGUGGGAGUUUUACUCCUGUUUCGAUCCCUUCUGAUACUGUACCUCAACCUGGAGGAUCCAGCAGCAUCCGAAGCAGAAGCCGUUGAUCUUUGGAACUACAUUGGUGACUUUCGGGGUUUUUGGUUCGUGGCGAUCCCCGGUGAGUUGCUGUACGUCCUGGCAGUGCUGUCACUGUUCUAUGGGAUGUAUCGCAAGGAUGAACGAUUUUGCUAUCCUCUCCUGGUGGCCGGAUUUGUCGACUUCAGCUUGCUAGUUUUUGGGGAAAUAUGCAUCAUUUUCUACGACGAAUAUAUACACUGGAAGACAAUUUGGUUUCUGGAGCCGAAUAUGCUGAUGCCUAUUAUGUACGAGCUGAUUCACUGCAUCAUGACGAUCAUCGCACUGAGCCGGUUGUACACCAAAGAACGUCACGCCCGGAAACAGUUUGUACGCUUCAGGGUGAAGGACGAAGACGAAGCCGGUGGAUUGAUAAUCAACAGUGAUGAUCGUAGAGAUUGAUACCUACCUGCAUAGAACUUGAAACUUAAAAUUUCUAUCGUUUGAAAAAAUAAAAUUUAACAUAAAAACCGAUGAAUCUGAAAAUGUUAAAUCAAUUAUUGAAUCUGCUGAAACAACGGAAAAGAAGUUUUGAUACUGAGCGAGAGCCUUUCUUAUAGCUUUUUUAUUUCUUUCUUAGAUUUUCGAUUGUGAAAUAAAAUUCUAAUGGAAAAUACUGCAAAAAAAAACCUGAACCUAUAAUCUUCAGCAGCCCAAGCCAACUUCUUCUUCUUCUUCUUCUUCUUUUUUCACUAACUAAGCCAAAAUAUAUUAACAACCUGGGAAAUAAAAGACUUGCAUCCUUCAUUUUCUGGAAUAGUUAGACUAAGUAUUCGGUAGAAUAGGCCGAACAGGCCUAAUAUUCAUUAUAAAAUAUUAAAUAUACAACAACAUAAUUGUGAAAUUUUUCAAAUAAUUUAUAAAAUGUUCAAAAGUAAUGUUGAAAAAGCUAUACAAUCAUCAAAAACUUAUGGUUUCAGUAAAACAUCUCAAUUGUGUCCGUGUAUCUAUAGCUGUAUAUAGCUUUGUACUUUGAUUAUCGUUUAUUAUGGUAGAUCCAGGAUUCCAAUCCAAUAAAGAAUUCGAUAAAUCAAAUUGAAAUAAAGAAUUCGAGAUAAGUCAAAUCUGGUCAGGUUGCCCAGAUAUUGUUGAAAACUUUGCAGAUUUCACCCGGGCUUAUUCAAAUUAAUUGUUAAAUAAAAAAACUCAGAUUUCUUUCCGAAAUUUUUUGAAUUUUGUGUUUGAAAAUUUCAAAAUGAACAUA